AUGACGGCGGAGGGCGCCGAGGCGCGGCGGGGCAAGGACGCGCUCAGCCUCAGCGGGGGCCACCUCUGCCACGUCUGCGGCCACCAGUACCCCAACCCCAACCCCAGCGCCAAGCUCCGCCGCUCCCACCGCAAAAACUGCCGCAAGCCCGCCGCCGCCGCUUCCGGGGACCGCAAUGCGGCGGAGGCGCGGCUCGCGCUAGGUGGUGGUGGCGCGGGAGGGCCGGGAUACGGGGAGGACCCUGGCAAUGGCGCGGCCAGCGGGGGCUCCGCGUCGCCCGGAUCUGCGGAAGGAGGCGGCGAUUCGGCGGAGGACAAGGAGCACGACGCAGAUGAAGGCGAUGGAACCAAUUUAGCAAAGCCUUGCACCAAUGGAGUUCAACAUAAAAUUCCUAAAACUUCCAGUGAAAUUGCACCACUUGCAGUUGCACACACAGUUGAACGAGAAGAUAGUUUUGAUGAAUACCAGGAUGCAUCUUCGUUUCUUCAUCAAUCAGAUCCAGAAGAUGGUGCAGCAGUAGCACCUGAGUCAGAUAUUCCCAAGGAAAUCAAGAAUCUGGACAAAGGCUCAAUGGGUACAAGUAUAGCUGCAGAUGUGAUCUCCGUUGAAAUGAAUGGAUUAUGCAAAGAUGAGUUUUCAAAUGGACCAAGCAUGCCUGAUUUUGCUGCUGGUUCCAAAGUUGAAAACAAAGCUGAAUGUUACUUGGGAGUUUUAACUCCUGGAUUGGUUGGGUGUGAAGAUGGCCUAAACCUCCAGAGUACAGUUGAAUGCUCAGGAGACAUCGGCAGCAAUGAUACAGACAGAAAACCUGGUAAGACAUCCGGCUAUUGCGAGUUUAUUGGUGAUUUGGAUUCACCAUCUCUCCAGAAAUGCUCUCCGCUUAUAUCCUACCCAGAAUUGCAAUCGGCAUGUCCCAGGAAGGUGGACAGCCUCUUGAUUGAUGGUAUGGACGCUCUGGAUAGUAUGUCUGAAGUAUCACCAAGAGCAGAAAUAGCAGGAUCAGAUAAUAAUGGAUCUGAAACAAUAUCUAAUUCUGGAACUGACUCUGUGCCGACUCAAGAUGAAUUAAAGGUCAUUCACACUGAAAAUACUUCUGCUGAUUACUCCGUGGAGCACUCUUCACAUAACUUGUCUGUUCAAGAUACAUCAGAUGCUCAGCUGCCAGUUGACAAUUCUUGCCUGUUAAAUUUAACAUGCUGUAAACCUGGUUAUCAGAAUGAUCUUGCUGUUGCUGAAGUCGAUGGCAUGCUCAAGUCCAUCGCUGAACACAACUACAGUAAUGACAUUCUAGUAAAGGGCAGUGAGUUGGAUUCUUCCUGUGCGUUGCCGCCUCAACAAGAUGUUGAGCAAAUUGUUACUGCAGCAGAAGGUAAUACUUCCUUGGAAAAACAUAAUGGGGUCUGUACAGAGGAAGUCUGCAACAGGGAGGGUGACACCGAGGUUCCUACAAAAUAUCAAGUUUCGUCAAGUCAGGAGCAUGUCACUUUACUAAUGGAUCAAAUGUCUUCUAUCAAGAAUCCAUUCAAUCUCGAUGACACCAGGAGUGAGGACUUAUUUGAGCUUUCUUCUGGAAGUUACAAUUUUGAGGAACCAAAUGUUGUUGAAUCAAAGCAGCGUUUUGAAUCUACAACUCAGACAGUUUCCAGCGUUGCUAGUGUUGCUGACCGGCAACACUGCCUGAUCCCAGAUGAUCGUGACAGCAUGCUAGCUGUGUCAAGUGAAAAUGGAUAUGCAGUUGGUGCAGAAGAUGUGUCGGACAGUAGUAGUGCAGAUCGUACGAAGAACAUUGUCUUGCAUGAUGCCUCAAUGAACCAUAGCAAGCAAGGAGGUGAACCACAUACAAAUGGUGCCAGUUGUGUGCCGACUCCAGUACUUCCGACAGAGUUUGGCACAAUGCCUGUUUCUCAAGAGAUCAAUGCACUCAGCACAUAUGUUGGAGCCAUGAUUGAGAUUGAAGACACCGAUGCAAAAGCUAUGACUGCAGUAGAGAGCAUAGAUAACUUUGAAGAAAAGAAACAGACUGAAGAUGCUAGUGCUAAGGAGCUGAAUGCAGUACUGCUUACAAAAAAUGUUGAAGAAGAGAAGCAGGCUGAAGGCAGUGGUGCGAAGGAAUUGAGGGCAGUACAAAGCACAGUAAAUGUUCAUGAAGAGGAUCAGACUGAAGACAGUUGCGCAAAGGGGGUGGACACAGAAUUUAGUAUCAACCAGCAAAUUGAUGGCACCAACAAAGAAGAGAUGUAUGAAGGGCAACAUGUAGAUGAAGCUGAAGAAAACAAGCAGGCUCAAGAAACACGUGCAAAGGAGAUGAACAAAGAUAAUGUUGAAGGGCAGAAGCAGGCUGAAGGCACAUUUCUGGAGGGAAACAAGCCGAAUGAAGAGAUCGCGGCCAUCGGCUCAAGGCUGAAUUCAGCAAGGAUCUCUGUCCCCUUGAAGGUCCUCCUCGCCGAGGCGAGCCUGGAGAGCAAAGAAAAGAAGCCUAGCACAAAGGAGCGGGUCCUGUCGUUCAGGCGGCGAGCAUCAUCAAAGGAGGACGCCUCAUCGGCAAAGCCAGGGUUAGCUGGUUCGGGUGACCUGUACUGGAACUCCCCAGCGAAGCUGCCCCACGAUGGCAACGUUGACAAGAGAUCCAAAGUGAGGAAGCAGCCGUGGAUGCCGUUCAUCUGCUGCCACUCGGUGCACUGAUGCUGCCUUCUUUCAGCUUCACGCUUUUGUAUACGCCAUGCGCAUCUUGUUGAAUCCGUGGCAACUCUUUAGUAUACUUGCGUGAGGACUGGAUAAGCUUUUGUUUUGCAUUGGUCGAUAUUUUCUGCUUGAAC